AUGACCCCGCUGAUAGUCAGAAGACUAUUCCUGCUGCUGGUGACGGCUUCGCUCGGUCUGCUCGUGUUCCUGAUCUACUUCUCGUUACAAGAUGACUGGACCAGAACACAUGCGGACUUCUUGAAAGAGGAGAGCAUCUACAAGCAACCCAACGAUGCAUUCCUGCAAUAUACGGAACCAAAAGAGGACUUAACGCCGAAGAACAAUCCCCUGCUUGAAGAGGUGGACGAGCCUGUCAGUGCCAAGCCUCUUGUUCGCGCCACUGACACGCGGCGAACUAAAGCCGCUCUUAUCUCUCUUGUUCGAAACAAAGAGCUGGACGGUAUUGUGGAUGCCAUGGUGCAGGUCGAGGACACAUUCAAUCACAAAUUCGGCUACCCUUGGAUCUUUUUCAAUGAUGAAGAGUUCACCGACGAGUUCAAGGAAAAGGUGCGCGAACAGACUGACUCUGAAGUCAAGUUUGAGCUGAUUGAAAAGAAGGACUGGGACGCCCCCAGAUGGAUCGACAAGGACAAGGCCAAGAAGGCCGGCAAGAAGCUGGAAGAUGCUGGUGUACGAUAUGGUGCCAUGGACUCCUACCACAAGAUGUGCAGAUGGAACUCGGGUAUGUUCUACAAGCACAAGGCCAUGGACGAUUAUGACUGGUACUGGCGCGUUGAACCCGACACCCAAUACUAUUGUGACAUCGACUACGAUGUAUUUGCAUACAUGGAGGACAAUGACAAGGUGUAUGGCUUCACCAUUGCAUUGUUUGACAACCCCAAAACCGUUGCCACCCUAUGGCCGGAAACUAAAUCCUUCUUGAUGAAGAACAAGGAGUAUCUGCACAAAGACAAUGCCAUGCAAUUCUUGCUGAACCCCAGCAGACCAGACUGGAACGCCCAGGCUGGCGGAUACUCCACUUGCCAUUUCUGGUCCAACUUUGAAAUCGCGUCUCUGAAGUUCUUCAGGGGCGAUGCAUACGCCCAAUGGUUUGAGCAUCUGGAUAAACAGGGAGGGUUCUUUUACGAGAGAUGGGGAGAUGCUCCCGUGCACUCUGUCGGCGCAGGACUAUUUGCUAACCAGUCACAAAUCCAUUGGUUCAAGGACAUUGGAUAUUACCACUUCCCCUAUUUCAAUUGCCCCAAGUCCAAAAAGUGUCAUGGAUGCAAGCCUGGUCGAUUCACCACAGACGAUCUCAAGGAUUCUCUGAUGCCUGAAAACUGUCUUCCUCAGUACCUCAAAUACAUGGGCGACCGAUAA